GUUGGCAGGUCAAAACAAAACUCAAGGGUCACCAGAAACGAGUAACCGGACUUGCGUUUUCCCAAAUUCUUAAUUGCCUGGUAUCUUCUGGGGCUGAUGCCCAGUUGUGUGUGUGGAGCAUUGAUGGAUGGGAAAAAAGGAAAUCGAGGUUUAUACAAGCUCCAGCAGGUCGCUCGUCCCCGUUGGUUGGAGACACUAAAGUCCAGUUUCAUAAUGAUCAAGCUCAUCUGUUGGUUGUUCAUGAAAGCCAGAUUGCUGUGUAUGAUAGCAAGCUUGAAUGCGUGCGAUCGUGGUCUCCGAAAGACUCACUUCCAGCUCCCAUUUCAAGUGCAAUAUACUCCUGUGACAGUAUGCUGGUUUAUGCUGGUUUUGGUGAUGGGGCUGUUGGAGUUUUUGAUGCAGACAGCUUAAGGCUUCGCUGCAGAAUAGCACCUUCUGCUUACAUACCUUCUCCUGCACUCAGCAGUGGGGUCUAUCCUCUUGUUAUAGCGGCUCAUCCAUCAGAGCCCAACCAAAUUGCCCUGGGCAUGAGCGAUGGAGCUGUGCAUGUGGUUGAGCCAACUGAUGCAGAACCAAAAUGGGGUGGCCAACCCCCUCAAGAUAAUGGGUCCCUCCCUCUAACUCAUCAAACCCAGCUCUCAGUGGUCAACCAACCGAACUCCCACCUAGGUGAUGGUGGCACUAGAUGCGAGGUACAGGGCGCUGCACUAAGGCAUAUAUAGAGAGAAACCGUGGCACCCUCCUUCUAUGAGUUUUAGCGAUUACCCUUAAUUCGUUUUUUGCACUAAUCCAUUGCUUCAAAGCUCAGCCCCUUACCUUUACCGUUAUUUAUAUUCAUUGUACAUCGUUUUUCUUUUUUUUUUUUCUUUACCAUCCUUCAAUCAUUUUGCUAUAUAAGUAUAAAGUUUUUAAGGAAGAAAAAUUGUAUAUUGCUGCAGUUUCGGCAAAUGUUUAAAGACAUAUGAAAGUACUCUUUUCUACAAGGGUCUAUUGAUAUUGUUUGACUACUACUACUACUACUACUACCACCACCACCACCACCACCACCACCACCAUUCCUUCUGAUAUGUGCCCAGAAUUUAUGUUUAACUGAAAGAAUGCAGUGAUUCUGCAGAUGAGCUUCUGGGACACUUCUAUUGAUGGGGUUAGAGUUUUAUAGUCGAAAACUUUCAUAAUAUUGUCAAGUUUGAUUUGGAAUUGGUGAUUGAAAUUGUAGUUUUGAAAGCACUGGUGAAUAAUAUAGCCUGAUGUUGAGGU